AUGACCUCCGACCUAACCUCGCAGCCCUUAGGGCUCUUCAUCCAGCCCGCUUGUCUCCAACAUCGUUAUAUACGUCAUGCCAACUCGUCACACAUCUUUGAACGGCCAGAACGUCUUCGUGCCGUCCUCUUGGGAGUGGCAGCAGCUAUAGCUCGUCUGGAAGAAAAUGAUGGUACCAUGCCUCCAACAAGCUCAUCGAUGCCUCGCUCAAGUUCAACCUCGGAUGAUCUCUCAAGCUUAUUAUCAUCUCUUUCCAUACAAACCACCAAUCUCGAUCCUUGUCCCCAAUAUUUGAGCCUCGUGACUCCGCCAGCUCCUCCGAUCAAUCCGGGUUCAGUCUUGCUUCACCAUCCAGCCUUGCAACUCGCUCACUCUACUCCGACGGAAGGUUCUUUACCGUACGUCGGUCUUGGAGCCGCAACAAUCUCAACAGCAUCAUUACCUACUUCCAAGUAUCUCCGCGAGCUACACAAGUGGGCUGCCGAGGCUGUGGAGAAGAUUCGGGAUACGGGGUGUGAGAUACCCUCAGGCUUAGGACUGAACCAAGGGGAUUUGUAUCUCGGUCCUGGAAGUAUCCUCGCUAUCGAGGGAGCGGUACAAACAAUCUGUCAAGCUGUCGAUAUGGUGUGCGCUCGGCCGCCUGCCGAAGUCAAGACGGAUCCCAUGACACCAACACGAGGCGAAGCUUCGAGCGGUACCACUGGGGGAGAUCAGACGGGCAAAUUUUGCAAAGCUUUUUGCGCCAUCAGACCGCCAGGACAUCACUGUGGAGAAGAUGCCCCGUCAGGAUUUUGUUAUGUGAACAAUGUUGUCACUGGCGCAAUGCAUGCGUACCUUCAGCACGAUGUUGACCGAGCUGUUAUCAUUGACUUUGACCUUCAUCAUGGCAAUGGUACUCAGGCCCUGGUCAUGCCUCUCAAUGCAGCCUCACAUGCUGAGGAUUUGGCUGUCAAGGCGGGUAAACCUCCGACUGGACUGAAGGGUCGAGAUGGCAAGACGAGAAGAGGAUGGAAGGGAUUCUAUGGUUCUGUUCAUGAUAUCUAUAGUUAUCCUUGUGAGGAUGGUGACUUGGACCUCAUCUCGGAUGCUUCAAUCAGUUUGGCGGCUCAUGGGCAGUUCAUAGAGAAUAUCCACCUUCAGCCAUAUACUUCAGAGGAGGACUUUUACGAACGGAUAUAUCCCCAAUAUCUCGCUUUGCUAGACAAGGCGAAACAUUAUUUACAAGAUACCCAAGCUGAGCCCAGUCGGACAUUGGUCUUCAUUAGAUUUUACUUGCCCGAGUCGUUUGCUGGAUUUGAUGCUUGUGAACAUGAAUAUCAAACGAUGCAGCGACACGACCGUCGUGUUCCCGUUUCCUUCUUCUCUCGAUAUACUCGUGAUAUCGUAUCAUUCGCCAACGAAUUCACCGAGGGUAAAAUCGUUUCCGUCCUUGAGGGAGGGUACAGUGAUCGAGCUCUGACCAGUGCGGCUAUGGGUCAUGCUAUCGGGCUUUUGGAUCGGGAAGGACUGCGAAGUUGGUGGACAGAGGAAGAACUCAUUUGUAUUGAGAAGGCCACAAAGAAGAAAAGAACGGGUAAAAUUGCGCCUUUCCCAAUUGAAUUAUCCUCCUCAUCCCAUCUACUCCGAACUCACACCCUUCUCUCAAUUUUCGAAGGUUCAGAUCCUUCCCCGGCAUCUAACACUACCACUCCUCAGCCAGCAUCCAGAAUGACACUCCGAGGCAGGCGUGCCAAUGGAGGUGACGAAUCGACCACUUCAACACCGACUGCCAUACGACGGGGUAGAGGACGAGGUGGAACACCUGCUCAUACACCUCGGACCAGAGGUGUGGGUGUCGGUAGUCCAUCACCUACACCUAUAGCAGCUGGCAAACGUACUCAAUCACCGAAGAAAACACCUCAUCAUCCAUUACGAAACCCUAUCCCUGAUCUUGAUAAUCUACCCCCUUUGCCCGAUUCACCUUUGCCCUCUGGGGCUGAGCUCAAGGUAGAACCUCCAUCCCCAACGCCACCGGUGCCACCUUUACCCAAGACAUUACCCACCUCGUCAUCUGUUCCCGAAGGAUUGAGAUCCAUUCCAUCGUAUAAAACAAACUUGGGGGAAGAUAAGCAACGCAAGAUCAUUUUGAAAUUCCGAACUCCUUCUCCUUUAUCCGAGCACGAAAAAUCGAAUUUAUAUCCUGGUGAAAUUGACAAAAAGUUGGAAUAUAGGGAAGGUUCUUCCACUUCGGAAAGUACCACAACGGAUUAUACAACAGCUCCGAGCGAAUCGGACAGGGAACUUCGAGAUUCUAGCGAGAUGAGCGUUGUGGACGAAACGAGUGGGACGAGGGAAAGUAAUGGUAUUUCUGCAGAACUUCAACUACCGAGUGUAUUCCGAUCUGCAUGAGAGAAGAGUAUAUUCUUGAUACAAACCAUCUGUUUUUACUGCAAAUGUUCUUGGACGUAUUCUUACGAAUGUAGAAGUAAUCUCUGUAUGCAUAUGCUCAUCCUUG